UCACGUGGCCAGGAACGCUUGUCUAAUCGCGACCGAUCCGCACCGCACCGCCCCUGCCCAGGUAGGAAGUGCAGCUGGCUUGCACCAGUGUGAGGGCGGAGACGCGCUGUUUGCCCGACUGCUUGAGGUGGGUCGGGGGCUCUGCUUAGAACUCGCACAAUUCUGAAUGGAGGAGGAGAAAGUCCGGUUGCUGAAAGGCAGACUUUCCAUGCGCCGGUAGCCUCCAAGUCCAGAACACCCCCGAAUUCACCUCUGACAAAAUUCUGGGGGACGCUGGGCACCCUGAAUCACCAUGGGCAAUGAGAACAGCACCUCGGACAACCAGCAGGAGGAUGCCGGCUUGCAUAACGUCAUCCUGUGGCCUCCAGACCCUGAGCCCCCACAGAGGAUUUCAUCAGCUCAGACCCCCAGGUCUGCGCAACCACCUGGGAACAGCCAGAAUAUAAAAAGGAAGCAGCAGGACACGCCCGGAAGCCCUGACCACGGAGACACAUCCAGCACUGGUCUUGGAGGCUUCUGCACCGCUUCUGAGAGUUCUGCCAGCCUGAAUCCAUGCCUUGUGUCCCCAGAGGUGACUGAGCCAAGGAAGGACCCACAGGGAGCCAGGGGACCAGAAGGUUCUUUGCUGCCCGGCUCGCCACCACCCCAGGAGCGAGAGCACCCCUCGUCCUCCAUGCCCUUUGCCGAGUGUCCCCCGGAAGCUUGCUUGGCAAGUCCAGCAGCGGCACCUGAAGAUGGUCUUCACACUCAGUCCCCCUGGAGGGAACCUGCCCCAAAUGCCCCAGGGGACAUCAAGGCAUUUCCCGAGAGGGACAGCUCUACUCCACACCAAGAGGUUCCCAUCAUCCCCAGUGCUGGAAGAGAGAGCGAGCCAAAGGAAGAGGGACAGAAGCCCUCCUCCUCCUUCUCCAGUUGCAUUGACCAGUCACCUGGAAUGUCACCAGUACCUCUCAGAGAGCCAACGAAAGCACCCCCGUGUGGAGAGGGGGAUCAGCCUGGUGAUUUAGAGUUCCAAGGGAAAGAGGUUGCAGGUGGCUUUCCCCUCACAGAGUCCAGGCAGGGGGUGGCUUCUGUGAAAGUGACCCCUGAUGUCACUGCCAUAGCUGAGCUGGGCACAGAGAGCUCAGCUGUCUUAGAGAAGUCCCGCCUAAGACCAGAGGCCCUGAUCCCACCAGAUCCAGCGCUGAAAGCCUCAGACAGAGAAAAAUGCCAAGUGGAGGUGCCGCCUCAGUAUUUAACAGAUGACUUGGAAUUCCUCAGGGCCUGCCCUUGCCCUAGGAGCAAUGCAGGGGCUGCCCCAGAAGCAGAAGUGAAUGCCGCUUCCCAGGAGAGCUGCCAUCAGCCAGUGGGAGCAUAUCUGCCACACACAGAGCUGCCCCAGGGCUCACCGAGUCCUGCCCUGGUGCCAGGGGAUGGGGGCUCUGGGAAGGAGGCUCUGGACACCAGUGAUGUUCAGGGUCACCCACAGACAGGGAUGCAAGGAACCGAGCCCAGUCAAAUUGUCUGUGUGGCGGCAGGCGGCCAGCCUGAAGGGAGCUUGCUUGUGAGCCUGGAGCCCUCCCUGCUCACUCCGACCAAGGAAGCACAUCCAGCUUCAAGACUCGCUUCACUCCCAGCUGCUCAGAUUUCUACUGCCAUAGAAGGACCUGGAUCAUUGUCCAGGGAAUCAGUUUCCAAGGCUGGGAUGCCAGUUUCUGCAGAUGCAGCCAAAGAAGAGGUGGCGGAUGCAGGGUUGCUGGGACUGGAGAGGCAAGCAUCAGACCUUGGAAGCAAGGGAGAGCAUCCAGAAGGGAGCUCUGAAGAGUUUCCUGCCCCAUCAUCCCAGGAGGGGGGAGAGCACUUGAACAGGGAGCAAAGCCAUAUGGUCCAACAAGAAGUAGCACCCCCUCCUCUUCCCAAUGCACGAAGUGACAGUGGCAGAGGGUCACUGGGGCCAUCGGAUGGAGCCGAGGCCCAUGAAGAUGCCACAAGCCCGGCUGUGGUGAAAGAAGGAAGCAGAUCCCCCUGUGACAGCCCUAGAGGAAAGGAAGAAGCCCCAGAGCUGCCUGACAGUGCAGACCCAGGGAACCUGCGAGGAGAGGACUCUUGGGCUUCCAGCAGCAUGCAUGAUCAGGAAGUAGGCAAAGAUGAGCUUUCAAAGCCAAGCAGUGAUGCAGAGAGCAGAGACCAUCCCAGCUCACACUCAGCACAGCCACCCAGAAAGGGGGGUGCCAGGCACACAGACGGGCCUCACUCUCAGACAUCAGAGGCCGAUGCAUCUGGCCCACCACACAAGCUGGGUGAGGAGGACCCCAUCCUGCCCCCUGUGCCAGAUGGAGCUGGUGAGCCCACUGUUCCCGAAGGAGCCAUCUGGGAGGGCUCAGGAUUGCAGCCCAAAUGUCCUGACACCCUUCAGAGUGGGGAAGGACCGGGUGGAAUGGAGCCUCUCCUGACUUCAGAAUCAGAUAAAUCAGAGUUUCUGCCAACUCCUGUUGUGGAGGCUGGACCCAAAGCCCUGGAAGGGGAGAACACAUUGGAAAUAAGGAAGAUGGGCAGCUGUGAUGGGGCGGGCUCGCUGACAUCCCCAGGUCAACCCAGUGGGCCGGGGUGUGAUGCACUGAGACAGGAAUUUCAUGCUGGGGUGCCACAUCCCCCCAAGGGGGAGAACUUGGCAGCAGACCUGGGGCUUGCGGCGCUCAGCCUGGACCAAGAUCAGCAGGAAAUCCCGUCCUGCCCGGGGGAAGGCUGGAUAAGAGAAGCUGCCUCCGAAUGGCCCCCACUAUCUUCUGAGCGGCAUCUCCAGGCAUCCCAGGCAGACCCAGAGGCAUCCACCUUUGAUGUGCUCAAGGAGCAGGCCCAGCCACCUGAAAAUGGGAAAGAGACUUAUCCAAGCCAUCCAGGUUUUAAGGACCAGGGAGCAGAUUCUUCCCAAAUCCACGAACCUGUGGAACCUCAGGAAGGUAUGAACUUGCCCACUCAUGGAGGACAGGAGCAGGCUUUGGGAUCAGAACUUCAAAGUGAGUUCUCCAAAGGCAGCCUGUCUGAUGCUCCCAGUUCAUCUCCCACUGACAUGGUUUGGGAGAGUUCUCCCAUAGAAAAGUUAGAAUUGUCAGCACCAACGAGACAGAAGUUGCCUGCACUGGGGGAGAAGCAGCCAGAAGGAGCACGCGGUGACGGUCAGUCCUUGAGGGUCUCGCCUCCAGUGGCAGAUGUCUUAAAAGACUUUCCUCUUGCAGGGAACUUGAGCAGAAAGGAAACUUGCUGUACUGGGCAGGGGCCAAACACGUCUCAACAGGCAUUGGCUGGUGCCUUGGAAGAAGGCAGCCAGCGUGAAGAAGCAUGUCAAAGGGAUGCAGGAGCUUCUGAAGCAGCUGAUGGUUGUUCCUCACUCUGGGGCUUGAGUAAGAGGGAGGUGGCAAGUAGAAACACAGUGGAGGCCCCACCUUGUCAGCCUGACUCAGUAGCACUCCUGGAUGCAGCUCCCUGCCCACCAGCCCUGGCGCCUGCCAGCCCCAGAGUCACACCCACCCAGGAGGCCCCAGAGACAGAGGCAUGUGAUGAAACCCAGGAAGGCAGGCAGCAACCAGUGCCAGCCCCACAGCAGAAAAUGGAGUGCCCGGCCACUUCGGAUGAAGAGGCCCCAAAGCUUCUUGCAAGUUUCCCAUCAGCUGGGGAGCAAGGUGGUGAAGCGGGGGCUGCUGAGACUGGUGGGAGUGCUGAUGCAGGAGACCCAGGAAAGCAGCGGGCUCCAGAGGAACUGGGAGAAGCUACUUUAAGUGGUGGCUUCUUUCAGACAGAGCACUGCCUUACCUCCAGGGAGGAAGCUUCUACAUCUGCCCUGCAUGUGCCCUGUCAAGCUGAGCAGCCCACGGCCAGCUGCCAGGAUGCCUGGCUGCCAGCCAGAGAGCAGGGUGGGAUUCCCAGGAGCACCAUGGAUAUCUCUGCCCACCAGGCUGUCCCAGACCCAAAGGAGCUCCAGCUGUCUGGGCCACCAGAAGUGGCUGCUCCUGACACCUCUUACCUGCAUGUCAACAGUGCUAUCCGGAAAGGAGCAGAAGACAGCGGAGUGAAAGCCAUUUCCUCCGCAGGCCCCAGAGCUCCUGGCGAAAGCCCCCGUCCUGUCAGGGAGCCCCUGCUUGCCUUGGAAAAUGCUUCCUCCGUGAAGCUGUCUGCUGGCUCCCUCACCUCCGUCUUGCAACCAGGACCUACAGGUGGAGAAAUCUCUGCAGUGCAAGCCAACAGCAGCAGCCCCAAAGCCAGAACCACAGAGGGACCUGUGGACUCCAUGCCAUGCCUGGACAGGAUGCCACUUCCGGCCAAGGGCCAGCAGGCAACAGGGGAGGAGAAAGCAGCAACGGCUUUGGGUGCAGGUGCCAAGGCCAGCGAGGAGGGCAUGGCAGCAGGAGAGACAGAGGGCAGCAUGGAGAGGAUGGGAGUGCCUCCCCAGGACCCAAGGCAGGGCACAUCAGGUGGUGUGGACACAAACUCUGAGCAAAUCGCCACCCUUGCCGGCUUCCCAGACUUUAGGGAACACAUCGCCAAGAUCUUUGAGAAGCCUGUGCUCGGAGCCCUGACUGCACCUGGAGAAAAGGCAGCAGCUGGGAGGAGUGCAGCAGGCAAGGACCUCACCAGGCCACUGGGCCCAGAACAGCUUGUAGAUGAGCCUCCAGGAGUGGACAUCACCCCUCUCCCUGCACCUCCUGCUCCACUCCAGGCGGAGAAGAAGCAAGAGUUGGCUGGAGAGGCUGAGAUUUCCCGUCUGGCUCUGCAGGAUCCAGCUUCAGACAAGCUUCUGGGUCCAGUAGGGCCGAUCUGGGAGCAGAACUUGCCAGGUGCCAGUGUGGGGAAGGAGAUGGCAGGUAUCUCACCCACACUGAGGGAAGAUGAGAGGCCAGAGGGGCCAGGGGCAGCCUGGCCAGGCCUGGAAGGCCAGGCUCACUCACAGCAGGAGAUAAGCGGGCAGGAAUUAGCUUCAGGUCUUCCUUCACCAGCAGCUACUCGGGAGCUCCCUGUGGAGAGAGCCGCUGCCUUCCAGGUGGCCCCUCAUAGCCAUGGAGAAGAGGCUGUGGCUGAAGACAAAAAUCCUUCUGGAAAGCAGCACCAGGAAACAUCCGCCUGCGACAGUCCACAUGGAGAAGACGGUCCUGGGAACUUUGCUCACACAGGGGUUCCAGGGUCCACCUGUGCCCUGCAAGCCCCUUCUCCCCAGAGGGAGGCUUUGAAUAUGCCUGAGGCCAAUGGUGAGCCCUGGACCCCUGGCAUGCUUCGGGGUGAGAGGAGGCCUGGAGUCACUGCUGGCAUCUUAGAAAUGGAAAAUGCCCCCGGCAACCAGAGCACCCCUGCACCACCAGCUGAAGAAAUGGCAGACACUCCCCUGGAGCCCUGCAAGAUGGCAGGUGCUGCUGGAGAAGCAGAGGGUGACAUCACCCUGAGCACAGCUGAGACACGGGCAUGUGUGUCCGGUGACCUGCCUGAAGCAGGUACUACGAGGGCGUUCUCCAUCGCAGCUGGCGACUUGGCACUGCCAGGAAGCUGUCAGGACGCAGCCUGCUCUGACAAGACCCAGGGGAUGGAGGGUACAGCUGCCCUUCAUGGGGACAGCCCAGCCAGGCCCCAGAAGGCUAAGGAGCAGCCAGGGCCUGAGUGCCCCAUUCCUGCCGGGGAUGGGAAGGUGUGUGUCUCCUCACUUCCAGAACCUGACGAAACUCACAACCCGAAGCUGCAACAUUUGGCUUCAGAACCGCUCCACGCUGACAGAGAGAGCCCCAGGGAUGGCCCAUCCAUCUUACCUUCGGUUCCUAAGAAGGACGCCCCAAAAGUCGUGGAUAAAGUCACUUCAGAUGAGGCCAGAGGUGCAGAAGGAACAAAAAGUUCACCUGUGGCAGAUGAUGUCAUCCAGCCUACUGUCCCCGCAGACCUGGAAAACCCAUCCUUAGCUGCCGCUUCCCACCACGGUGAUGUUGUUGGCCAGGUCUCUACGGAUCUGACAGCCCAGAGCACCUCCCCAGCUGCUGCCCUCGUGGGUCCCGCUCCCUCGGCUGCAGAACACACAGCUUCACCUUCUGCCCCUGCUGGUGACGGAGUAGAAGCUUCCAGUCCCUCCUGCCCAGAUCUGGCCAAGGACCUCAGCAGGAGUUCUGAUUCUGAAGAGGCAUUUGAGACCCCGGAGUCAACGACCCCUGUCAAAGCUCCAUCUGCUCCACCCCCGCCGCCCCCCGAAGUCAUCCCAGAACCUGAGGUCAGCGCACAGCCACCCCUGGAAGAACCAGGAUGUGGUUCUGAGACAGUCCCUGUCCCCGAUGGCCCACGGAGUGACUCGGUGGAAGGAAGUCCCUUCCGUCCCCCGUCACACUCCUUCUCUGCCGUCUUCGAUGAAGACAAGCCGAUAGCCAGCAGCGGGACUUACAACUUGGACUUUGACAACAUUGAGCUUGUGGAUACCUUUCAGACCUUGGAGCCCCGUGCCUCAGACGCUAAGAAUCAGGAGGGCAAAGUGAACACACGGAGGAAGUCCACGGAUUCCGUCCCCAUCUCUAAGUCUACACUGUCCCGGUCGCUCAGCCUGCAAGCCAGUGACUUUGAUGGUGCCUCUUCCUCAGGCAAUCCCGAGGCCGUGGCCCUCGCCCCAGAUGCCUAUAGCACGGGUUCCAGCAGUGCUUCCAGUACCCUUAAGCGAACUAAAAAACCGAGGCCGCCUUCCUUAAAAAAGAAACAGACCACCAAGAAACCCACAGAGACUCCCCCAGUGAAGGAGACGCAACAGGAGCCAGACGAAGAGAGCCCCGUCCCCAGUGAGGAGAAUCUAGCAUCUGAGACGAAGACAGACUCUGCCAAGACGGAAGGUCCUGACCCAGCCUCAUUGGAGGAGACGCCCCUUGAGCCUGCCACGGGACCCAAAGCUGCCUGCCCUCCGGACUCAGAGAGUGCGGAAGGGGCGGUCCCCCCAGCUUCUGGAGGUUGCAGAGUGCAGAACUCACCCCCCGUCGGGCGGAAGACACUGCCUCUUACCACGGCCCUGGAGGCAGGGGAGGGAACCCCAUCAGAUAGCCGGGGGCAAGAGGACUCUCCAGCCAAAGGGCUCUCCGUGAGGCUGGAGUUUGACUAUUCUGAGGACAAGGGUAGUUGGGACGACCAGCAGGAAAACCCCCCUCCUACCAAAAAGAUAGGCAAAAAGCCAGUUGCCAAAAUGCCCCUGAGGAGGCCAAAGAUGAAAAAGACACCCGAGAAACUUGACAACACUCCUGCCUCACCUCCCAGAUCCCCUGCUGAACCCAAUGAUAUCCCCAUUGCUAAAGGUACUUACACCUUUGAUAUUGACAAGUGGGAUGACCCCAAUUUUAACCCUUUUUCUUCCACCUCAAAAAUGCAGGAGUCUCCCAAACUGCCCCAACAAUCAUACAACUUUGACCCAGACACCUGUGAGGAGUCCGUUGACCCCUUUAAGACAUCCUCUAAGACCCCCAGCUCACCUUCUAAAUCCCCAGCCUCCUUUGAGAUCCCAGCCAGUGCUAUCGAAGCCAAUGGAGUGGACGGAGAUGGGCUAAACAAGCCCGCUAAGAAGAAGAAGACGCCCCUCAAGACUGACACAUUUAGGGUGAAAAAGUCGCCAAAACGGUCUCCUCUCUCUGAUCCACCUUCCCAGGACUCCACCCCAGCUGCUACACCAGAAACGCCACCGGUGAUCUCUGCAGUGGUCCACGCCACAGAUGAGGAAAAGCUGGCGGUCACCAACCAGAAGUGGACAUGCAUGACGGUGGACCUGGAGGCUGACAAGCAGGACUACCCGCAGCCCUCGGACCUGUCCACCUUUGUAAACGAGACCAAAUUCAGUUCCCCCACUGAGGGUAAGCAACCCUGUGGCCAGCCGGACCCCAACUCUGCCUCGGAGAAUACUGGCCCUAGGGAGCCCGAGGCCAGGAGAGAAACUUCUCAGCCAGAGUUGGAUUACAGAAACUCCUAUGAAAUUGAAUAUAUGGAAAAAAUUGGCUCCUCCGUACCUCAGGACGAUGACGCCCCGAAGAAGCAGGCCUUGUACCUUAUGUUCGAUACCUCUCAGGAGAGCCCUGUCAAGUCACCUCCCGUCCACAUGUCAGAGUCCCCGACGCCGUGUUCAGGGUCAAGUUUUGAAGAGACUGAAGCCCUUGUGAACGCUGCUACCAAAACCCAGCAUCCUGUCCCACGAGGGCUGGCCCCUAACCAAGAGCCACACUUGCAGGGGCCAGAAAAAUCCUCCCAGAAGGAGCUGGAGGCCAUGGCCUUGGGCACCCCUUCAGAGGCAAUUGAAAUUACCUCUCCCGAGGGCUCCUUUGCCUCUGCUGACGCCCUCCUCAGCAGGCUAGCUCACCCCGGCUCUCUCUGUGGUGCACUUGACUAUCUGGAGCCCGACUUAGCAGAAAAGAACCCCCCACUAUUCGCUCAGAAACUUCAGGAAGAGUUAGAGUUUGCCAUCAUGCGGAUAGAAGCUCUGAAGCUGGCCAGGCAGAUUGCUUUGGCUUCCCGCAGCCACCAGGAUGCCAAGAGAGAGGCUGCUCACCCAACAGAUGUCUCCAUCUCCAAAACAGCCUUGUACUCCCGCAUCGGGACCACCGAGGUGGAGAAGCCUGCGAGCCUUCUGUUCCAGCAGCCCAACCUGGACUCCACCCUCCAGAUUGCCAGAGCAGAGAUCAUAACCAAGGAGAGAGAAGUCUCAGAAUGGAAAGAUAAAUAUGAAGAAAGCAGGCGGGAAGUGAUGGAAAUGAGGAAAAUAGUGGCCGAGUAUGAGAAGACCAUCGCUCAGAUGAUAGGCAAGCCUGAGGAUGAACAGAGAGAGAAGUCGGUCUCCCACCAGACGGUGCAGCAGCUGGUCCUGGAGAAGGAGCAGGCCCUGGCCGACCUGAACUCUGUGGAGAAGUCUCUGGCCGACCUCUUCAGGAGAUACGAGAAGAUGAAGGAGGUCCUGGAAGGCUUCCGCAAGAAUGAAGAGGUGCUGAAGAGAUGUGCCCAAGAGUACCUGUCCCGAGUGAAGAAGGAGGAGCAGAGGUACCAGGCCCUGAAGGUGCACGCAGAGGAGAAACUGGACAGGGCCAAUGCUGAGAUCGCCCAGGUUCGAGGCAAGGCUCAGCAGGAACAAGCUGCCCACCAGGCCAGCCUGCGGAAGGAGCAGCUGCGAGUGGAUGCCCUGGAAAGGACGCUGGAGCAAAAGAAUAAGGAAAUAGAAGAACUCACCAAGAUUUGUGAUGAACUGAUUGCCAAAAUGGGGAAAAGCUAACUGAACCGAAUGUUUUGGACUUAACUGUUGCGUGCAAUAUGACCGUCAGCACACUGCUGUUCCUCCAGUUCCAUGGACAGGUUCUGUGUUCACUUUUUCGUAUGCACUACUGUAUUUCCUUUCUAAAUAAAGUUGAUUUGAUUGUAUGCAGUACUAAGGAGACUAUCAGAAUUUCUUGCUAUUGGUUUGCAUUUUCCUAGUAUAAUUCAUAGCAAGUUGACCUCAGAGUUCCUGUAUCAGGGAGAUUGUCUGAUUCUCUAAUAGAACACACAUUGCUGACCUUGGCCUUGCCGUUGGUACACGAGUUCCCAGGGUGAGCAGCUUUUGGAUUUAAUAUGAACAUGUACAGCGUGCAUAGGGACUCUUGCCUUAAGGAGUGUAAACUUGAUCUGCAUUUGCUGAUUUGUUUUUAAAAAAACAAGAAAUGCAUGUUUCAAAUAAAAUUCUCUAUUGUAAAUAAAUUUUUUUCUUUGGAUCUUGGCAA